CAUAGUUAUGGAAUAUCCGCAUCCAUGCGAGACCUUGCUAGACUUUUCCAUGCGCCAUGGAAAUCGCCUAGAUGAAUCUGUGGCACGUGGCUUAAUGCGGCAAGCGGUGCUUGCAGCUAAACACUGCAUUGAACGGGGUAUUUUCCACAAUGACAUCAAGACGGACAAUUUGCUGGUCAACACAGAGACACUGCAGCUCAAACUAAUAGACUUUGGCUGUAGUCAACGUAUUAACAUGUCUUGUUCUGAAGAUCAUCAAUAUGCAGUCAAAUCAACAGUCUGGUCUUUGGCUACAACACUUUUGGAAAUAGUAUGCGGAGAACGGCCCAUAAGUGAUUUUCUCUACAAUGCACAUCAUCCUUUGACUCCAAAUACUUCCACUGGUGAGUCUACAGCACACAUCAAUAAUACACACAUUAAGUCGUGGUACAAUAUCAGAGUGUUUACAGUACCAAUGACAAAUUAACAAAGUGUAACACACAGGAGAUUGCCCUUAUUUAA